GCGUCAACGUCAGUUAGGUGUCACAGGUCACGUGUGUCUGUUUGUAGCAGUUACCCUAUGUACGUUGACAUCAGCUUGGUCAUAGAUUCUUAAAAUGGACACAGAUUAUGCAGAACAAACAUCACCAUAGAAAGGGAGUUCCUGCUCUUCAGUGCCGAGCUCCGCUACACCGAGGAUGUUCCCCAGCCUGGCCCACAGACCAUGGCAUGUCUUCUGCAGGGUCUCCUUGCAGCACAGGGCGUCCCUGUCACAACGGACCCCAAGCCCGAGGUUCCCCCAGCUGUGCUACGGUUGGCAGAGCGGAGGCAUACACACCCUGUGGUUCAGCCUUCCGGACUGCAGAGUUGCUUCUUUAGGUCCGGGCAAGGUGCAGUUCUACUCUACCUCUGGCAACAGUAAGGAUGGUCCUCCAAAAUCAGCAUCAGGUGAUGCUCCAUCAGCAGAAAAGUCCGGUGCUGCAAAAGCCACCCCAUCCUCAUUAGGUUUCAUGCCUCAGGGUCUGACUAAAGCUGAGACAAUUCAAGUGAAAGUUCGGGCAGUCCUGAAGAAAAGGGAAUAUGGACCCAAGUACACUCAGAACAACUUCAUCACUGCAGUCAGAGCCAUGAAUGAAUUCUGCCUCAAACCAAGCGAUCUGGAGCAACUUCGGAAGAUCCGAAGACGCAGCCCCCACGAUGACACAGAGGCUUUCACUGUGUUCUUGCGAUCAGACGUCGAGGCCAAAGCACUAGACGUGUGGGGAAGCCAUGAAGCUCUGGCUCGAGAGAGAAAACUCAGGAAAGAGGUGGAGAGAGAGUACCAAGAGAACAUUUUUCGGAAUCAACAGUUAUUGAAAGAAUACAAAGACUUCUGGGGAAACACCAAGCCUCGAUCAGGCAAGAGGGCAACAUUUCUGCAAGGGCCAGGAAAGGUGGUCAUGGUCGCUAUCUGCAUCAAUGGGCUGAAUUUCUUCUUCAAACUCCUGGCAUGGGUCUACACUGGAUCAGCCAGCAUGUUCUCCGAGGCCAUCCACUCUCUGGCUGACACCUGCAACCAGGGUCUGCUCGCCCUGGGAAUCAGCCAGUCUGUCCGCAACCCGGACGCAGUGCACCCGUAUGGAUUCUCCAACAUGCGCUACAUCGCCUCCCUCAUCAGUGGUGUGGGUAUUUUUAUGAUGGGAGCAGGCCUCUCUUGGUACCAUGGUAUCAUGGGAUUGCUGCACCCGGAGCCCAUUGAAUCACUGUUAUGGGCUUACUGUAUUUUGGCAGGUUCUCUGGUGUCUGAAGGAGCCACGUUACUAGUAGCCGUCAAUGAGAUAAGGAAGAGUGCCCAACAGCAUGAACUGUCUUUUUAUGAAUAUGUAAUGCAGAGUCGAGACCCCAGUACUAACGUGGUGCUGCUGGAGGACGCAGCUGCUGUAUUAGGAGUCAUCCUGGCUGCUAGCUGCAUGGGGCUCACCUCACUCACUGGUAACCCGUACUAUGACAGCUUGGGCUCUCUUGGUGUGGGCACACUGCUGGGAGCCGUCUCAGCCUUCCUCAUCUAUACUAACACAGAGGCCCUGAUUGGACGCUCCAUACAGGCUGAACGUGUACAGAAGCUUACAGAGUUCCUGGAAAACGACCCCGCUGUAAGGGCCAUCCACGACGUGAAGGCCACUGAUAUGGGACUUAGUAAAGUGCGCUUCAAGGCUGAAGUUGACUUUGAUGGCCGAGUUGUGACACGGUCAUAUCUGGAAAAACAAGACAUUGAACAAAUCCUUAAUGACAUUCAGCAGGUGAAGACCCCCGAGGAGCUGGAGAACUUCAUGCUGAAACACGGGGAGAACAUCAUUGACACCCUGGGAGCUGAGGUGGACCGUUUGGAGAAAGAACUCAAGCAACGUAACCCAGAGGUUCGUCACGUGGACUUGGAGAUACUAUAAUACUUCCUGGUCUCUGCUGAGGGCACAUCCUGCUGCAUCAAGAAGAAAAGGUGAGAGGAGGACUGAGUCCACCUCCACAAUCUGCCUCCCAUCCUGACCUCUUCAAAACAAGGAUCCGUCUCUGCACAAAGUCAUCAAGUCUUACUGUAGAAUAGUCCAGAAUCUCACACAAGGACAAUGUCUGAACAAUGAUCGGCUUGUCUUUGUGUUGCUUAAACUUCAUGUAGCGAUAAACAAGAGUUCAACCUGCCAGAGAUCCGCUCACACACAUUCAAGUGUGAGUGUUUCUGGCUAAAGACUAAGGACUCUCAGUAGUCUCCUUGAAUUUGAAGAGAAAUUAAAAUCUGUGUUGCAGUUCACACAGAUACAACAGUUUAGUCCUCUGGUUGUUUGCUUGAACUCACAUUCCUCCAUGAAUGUGUCUGGAUUUGGUUGAAAACAUGUCUGCUUCAAAAAACGAGAUCACACAAAAGGACCAGUAUCACUAACUAUACUUGUACUUUACUUUAAUGUUAUGCUUGAACCACAGUGAUAGUGUUGCCUUCAUUAGUACAAAGGAAACCUGAGAGCUACAUAUUCAAACUAGACUUAUUUAAUUGCUAGACAAUAAUAGAUUUUUUUUUUCUUUUAAUGUAAAAAGUGAUGAGCUUAAGAUGGCACGAUGCUGCUGCAGCUUCUCUAAUAAAGACAGAAUUUGUGAUGAAUAGAUUUUAUUGCAAUUACAGAAAAAAUAUGCAAAGUAAAAGGUGUUGAGACUUUUUUGAUUUGUAUGAUAGAGCUGAGGAGUGAACUGAUGUUUAAUACAGUAGCACUUAAGGAGCAUCAGCUUAAGCAAAAAAAAGAAAGAAAAACCUAUUAGAAAACAGGUUGUCAUAUUCCUGUGAUAUUACAAAGACAAGUUGACAAGUCUAACUAACAAAUCUAUUAAAUAACCAUUUAUUGGACAUGUUUAUCUUUGCAGAAGGUGAAAUGAGAAGUGUAAACAUCCUUCCACACCAUGAAAUGAUGUUAUAGUCAGUGGCAUCUGUUCUCUUGUCACUUGCCUUCUCUCUUUGCUGGCUCCACACUCCAAACUUUGAUGCUUUCCAAAUUUGAGGUGUAGUUAAUUUUGUCUCGUGAGUUCGGCAGCUGAUCAGCAGAUGAUUGUUCCAAAGUACUGGAGGACACGCUCAGAUCCACUCAGUGUAAAUAAGCGGCCGAUGAUGAGAAAAAAGGUACCAAACAAACAGGUUUUAAUCACGUGUCAACAUUAAAAUGGCUUUGUUUUAAUCAUUCAGGAUGUCACCCUGUACAGUACGUGUACCAAAAUACCAAAGUAAAUAAUCUCCUGCUCUGUAGUGUUUCUGCUGAAAGAUCUGUUUUAAAACACAGUAUAUACUGAUUGUGCUUUUGUUUUCAUUCUGAAUCUACGGUCAGCACACAGUCCCAGCUGCACGAGACACACCUGUCUGCUGAACAGGAGGUGGGCUGGAGUCAUUUCAUCAUUAUUGGGAGGGUGGAUAUAUAUUUUUGAAGGUGUUAAUAAUGUAAUAUUUACCUUUGGUUAUAACAAUGUUGCCACUGCUGAAGGAGUUGGAAUAAAUUUGAAAUAAUUUAUUAAAAUAUUUUGCUUUCCUUUUC